AUGAUUGACUUUGAGAAGAUCCUGAAGGAGAUUGGGGAGUUUGGUUUAUUUCAGAAAUGUUUAGUGGCAGCAUUAUGUAUACCCAACUUAUUUAUAGCUUUUGACUUGGUCGGCUGGGUUUUUAUCAGCAUGAGCUUCACACAUCACUGCAACACGGACUGGAUCUUGGAGCGUGGACCCAACUUGACUGAAGAGAAACAAAGAAAUCUGACUAUCCCAGUGAACCAGGAUGGGAGCUUUGAGAGCUGUAAAAUGUUCACUCCUGCGGAUCUGGAUUUGGAAACUAUUGAAAAUUACGGGCUUAACAUCACAACAGCAUGUAUGAAUGGAUUCAAUUUUGAGGCACCCAAAGGCAUCUCCAACCUUGUCACAGAGUUUAACCUGGUGUGUGACCGGAGCAGUCUGAUCGAGGCAUCGCAGUCCAUUUACAUGGGUGGUCUUCUAGUGGGAGCCUUGGUUAUGGGACAGGUGGCUGACAGAUUGGGUCGGCGCUUUGUGGUCCUGCUCUCAAACUUCCUUGUGAUGUUGUGCAACCUGACUUCUGCUUUCUCACCCAACAUCUACGUUUUUAUGGGUCUUAAAUUCAUCAGUGCCAUUUCAGUUUCAGGUGUUUUAGCUAGUGGAUUUGUGCUGGGAGGAGAAUGGGUUGAUUCGUCAAAGUUUGUUCUCUGCUCCAUCAUCUGCCACAUUUCCCUUCCUCUUGGAUUCAUGAUCUUACCUGGUGCCGCCUAUUUGAUCUCCAACUGGAGGAUCCUGCAGAUAGUUCUCUACAGCCCUCUUGUGAUUGUGGUGGCAAUCUUCUACUGGGUUCUUCCAGAGUCGGCUCGCUGGCUCCUCACACAGGGCAGGAAGGAGGAGGCUGUUAAGUUGAUCCAGAGAACAGCCAAAAUGAACGGGAGAAACAUAACAAAGGACUUGUUGAACAAUCUGGAGAACAAGUGUCAAAUCAAAAAAGGAAACGUGCUAGACCUCUUCAGGAUACCAUAUCUAAGGAAACGUACUCUCAUAAUGAGCUGUGUCUGGUUUGCCACCAGUCUGACAUACUUUGGACUGAGCCUGAAUGUGGGAACUUUUGGUCUGGAUGUCUACCUCACUCAGUUAAUCUUUGGAUUAGUUGAAAUACCUGCUCGUCUCAUAACUUUACCUUGUCUCCAGUACUUUGGGAGGAGAAUGUGGCAGUCAGGGACCCUCAUUUUUGGAGGCCUUGCUUGCCUUGUGAUUCUUUUUGUACCAAGAGAUCUUCCCACAGUGGUUACAGUCUUAGCUGUACUUGGAAAAUUCACCGCCUGUAGUAUUUUCAUUACAGUCUAUAUUUAUACUGCAGAAUUAUAUCCCACCUCAUUAAGACAGAAUGGUUUAGGUGUGAAUGGCAUGUUUGGACGAGUGGCGGGUAUCCUCGCUCCUCCAAUCAGGCUCCUGGAGGUCUACCAUUACACCAUCCCUAUGCUGUUGUACGGCCUUUUCCCCAUUGUGGCCGGGGGAUUGUCUUUUCUACUGCCUGAAACCCGCAACGUUACACUUGAGGACCAUCCACAAACACAGUGA